AUGGAAAGCAAGCAAGUGCCGUCCUCCCUUGCAGUCUUGACGUCACCACAAUGCAAGAAUUCCGACGCUACUACUUCGCUAGACAGUAAAGCUUUGACGUCCCUGUCAGCCGCAAACAUUCAGUUGAUGGCGUCACAAACUGGUAUCGAGCAGUUGCUGAGUCUUGCGCACCUCCACGUCGACAAUGCAAUGGCUGCUCAGUAUAUCAGAGACAAGCACGAAGCAGGUUUUGACGAUGGAGGUUUUGCAAUGAUGACGUCGGAGGAAAAGAAGACCUCCAUCAUAGCAACACUACCACAAACCGUGAUUGAUGCUGUGCGCAAGCUGCGUCGAAGUGCUCGCAGCAAAGUUAGUGGCAAUGGAGCAGUUCCGAAACUUACUGCGGCCGAAGUGGGCGAAGCGCGGUACAAGCGAUUGAAAGCAGGAUUCACCAGAUUACAAGACCACUUGAAAUGUGUUGCUGAGCACCGCGAGCAACUUCUUCGUGGACUUGACCAGUUUCACGCGAGUACAACGUGCUUGCGAGAAGUGAUCGAGGAUCUGGCCAAGUUACCAGCGUCCUCGUCCGAAUUCUCUUCAAGUCUGUCUGUUAGCUUUGUAGCCACCGAGACGAUGAAGAACGUCCUGGAGCACAAGGUCGCUCAACAAACCAGGCAAAAGCUUGCGGAGCUGAAGCUCUUCGAGGCGAAGCUGGACGAGCGUGAUCAGCUUCGAUCUGAGGCUGACAAAGCCGAACGGCAGCUUCAAGUUCUACGUGCAGACAACUUGAAACGUGGUCAUCACGCGAACAAGAACCGAGCUACUGCGAUGCACGACAUUGCAGUCAAGCGACAAGAGUUUCAACAGCUUCGACGCCGUCUAGCAGUGAUGACUGAAGCACUGGAGCACGUGUUCCAGUUCCACUUCCAGCUUGAUCAAUGUGUUGCUGAGCCUGAACUUGAGACGGUCCGAAGCCAAGUUCUGCUUUUUUUUCGGCAGAAUCGACUUGCGUUUGAUGCCCUGCUGGUUCAUCAAUAA